AUGUCCUCCUCCUUAUCUGCCAGCACAAAUUUCACAGUUACUGAGGGUAACCUGACUGGAUCUGGAGUUUAUCUGGGCAUGCUUUCUUUGACAGCUGUUAUAGGGAAUGUGGUUGUUAUUUCACUUGGCAUCAUCACCUGCUUCAUUAAUGCUUCAAUGGUUCACAUUUUCAACAAACAGCAAAUCUUCAGGUUCAACCCUCGCUACAUCCUUUUCAUCCACUUGGUGCUGAACGAAACACUCCAGAUGACACUCAGCGUGUCCCUCUACAUCUUUGCCCAUGCCUUCUACACCCUCUAUGUCUCAGUGUGCAUUCUCAUCCUCCUGCCGGCUAUUCUCACAACUGUGAACACCCCAGUGAACCUGGCCUGCAUGGCAGCAGAAUGUUACAUCUCUGUCUGCAUCCCCCUUCGAUAUGACAGCAUAUGUACAGUUAAGAAAACCUACAUUGUCAUUGGCAUUAUGUGGGUCAUAAGCCUGCUCACUAUUUUGCCUGAUAUAUUUAUUCUUUUUGUUACUGAAGAGCUGGAAUUUUUGAAAACGAGAGUUUUCUGUGAUAGGGACACAGUGUUCAGAAGCAGCUACAGUAAAAAUAAGAGAGAUGCAUCCCACAUAUUUUUAAUGGUGGUGGUUUGUCUCACUCUAUUCUACACUUAUUUCCGAAUUUUGUUUGUGGCAAAAGCUGCAAAUUCACAAGCUAAAAAAGCAAGAAACACUAUUCUGCUUCAUGGUUUUCAGAUGCUGAUGUGCAUGACGCUGUAUAUUCAACAGGUACUGAAGCAGCUCCUUUUAUACUUGUUUCCUGGGCAGGCUAUUUACAUAAAAAAUGCUAUUUUUGUAUUAAUCCAGAUCAUUCCCCGUUGUCUAAGUCCUGUUGUAUAUGGUUUACGAGAUAAGACUUUCAGAAUGUACUAUAAAAAGUACUUUAUGUGUUUCCAAGUAAAAGCAGUAAAAAUACAAACCUAA